UUGGAACUUAUCUUUACCCUACUUGAAUCUCCAUCCUUCUAAAAUUUACCUUGUAACCUUUUGAGCUGUUUAGUGGUAGGAAUUUAAACCUACAAUUCACGGCUGCUAGUUUGCAGUUGACUGGUUUUUGCAUGAAUUACAUAAAGAGACUUGAUGGGUCAGUCCAAAAUACUUUCUUAAAAGCUUAUUUUAUAUAUGUAUACAUACAUGAUUAAGAAUGUGUAGAUGGGUAUAAGGAGAAUGCAGUAAAAGCAACAGUUUUUCUUUUCUCCUAUAAAUCCAACACUUUUGUAUUGCUCUUUUCUUGCUCAAAGUCUUUAGCUACCUGGAAAGCUUGAAAAUGUCUUGGAUUUUGAUAGUAUUUAUUCUCAGUCUCUCCAUCAGUUUUCUCUCAGAGGCUAGAAAUGAGAGGAAGCUCCCAUCUGCUGUUGUUGUUGGAACUGUCUACUGUGACACAUGUUUCCAUGAGGAUUUCUCAAGGAGCAGUCAUUUCAUUUCAGGUGCUUCUGUAGAGGUAGAAUGCGAAGAUGGGACUUCAAGGCCAAGUUUCAGACAAGAAGUGAAGACUGAUGAACGUGGAGAAUUCCAGGUUCGUUUACCUUUCUCGGUUAGCAAACAUGUCAAGAAAAUAAAGGGUUGCAGAGUGAAGUUGCUGAAGAGCAGCGAACCAUACUGUGCUGUGGCUUCAACAGCAACUUCAUCUUCACUUCAUCUCAAGUCAAGAAAGCAAGGAAUUCACAUAUUCUCAGCUGGGUUUUUCACCUUCAAGCCACAGAAUCAACCAAAUGUCUGCAACCAAAAGCCAAGCAUCCAGAAUUCACACGAACCCAUUUCACACAAGACUGGAAUUCCCUCUACUGAUAUUCCACCAUUUCCUUAUCCAGUUCAAGAACCAUUACAGCCUGAUCUUCCUCCUCAGGACCCUUACCAUCUUCCUCCUCUCCCUCUACUUCCUCGAUUACCACCAUUGCCACAACUUCCUCCUCUUCCACCUCUUCCAGGCCUCCCUGGAUUUCCACCAUUGACUGACAAGACUAAACAAACAAAACCUGUUAGAACAAGUCAAGUUUCAGACCAGAAAGUAGCAAAGCCUGAUUUUUUCUUUCCACCAAACCCUUUAUUUCCACCUCCUUCAAUAUUUCCUCCAAACCCAUUUCAGCCUCCUUCAGUUCUUCCUCCCAACCCAUUUCAGCCGCCUCCAGCUCCAAUCAUUCCUCUGCCACCAAUUACUAUUCCAGGCCUAACUCCAUCACCUCCACCUCCAGUCUUUCCAUUCCCUUUCCCUCCUAUCACAUUCCCACCUUCCCCUGGAUUUCCUGGGAUUCCUCCUGCAUCUUCUUUACCAAAAACACAAUCUCCUUAGUUGAUGAUUGUCUAUAAUUUACUCUUCCAUGUACAAUAUCUCUUCGACAAUAAUAUUCAUACCAGGCUACUUUUCUCCUCAAGCAUUUUAUUGUUAAAUAGAUCUAUGAUAUGACAUUUUGUUAUUAGUUUUUCCAGAAACAAGUGGGGUUUGGUUGUUUUUUGGAUUGAUGUAAUGCAUGUGUUUGUUGCCAAUAACAAGGAUAGGACACCAAAAAUUAUUGUACUUAGAAUAAAGUGCUGAAAGGCUUUAUUUUGUAAA